UACUGUGUCGACCGAGAAUGAAUUCUCAUAUGAUCGUUAUGUGAAUGCCCUAAAGUAAUAGAACGUAGUCAGAAGUUUAAAACGCAAUAUAGGUCAGGAAAAUAAAUUCUGACAAACUUGAAUGAUUUCUCUGACAAUUAUAUUUUAGUGCUUGUAUUGGAUUGUUUUAAAAAGGCAAAAUGAAGGUGUUGAUAGCAACUGAUGGAAGUGAAAUUGCCAGGCGAGCUUUGGAAUGGUACAUGCAAAACCUUCACAAAGAAGAUAAUAGAUUAUAUAUUGUCCACGUGACAGACAAUAGGUACAGUUUUGAAAAUAAAGACCCAAUUAUACCAACUGACCAACACUUUUUCGUUCUUGAACACCAAGAAAAGGAAACGAAAGCCAAAGAAUUGAUAAAUAAAAUGGAAGCGUACAUCCAGGACAACAGAAUUAAAGGAGAAGUUAACAAGUUAUUUGGUGAUGUGGGACACGAAAUUGUAAAAAGAGCCAAAGAUAUCGAUGCCUCGUUGAUCAUCACAGGCAGUCGGGGGUUGGGUGUAGUGAGGAGGACGGUGUUAGGAAGUGUUAGUGAUUACGUUGUUCAUCACUCUGAGGUUCCCGUGGUUGUCUAUACAGACAAAUCAUUACAAGGUGCCAAUAUAUGAAAUGUUAGACAAAUGGAGUAAGAAACAUAACACAAACUGCAAAGUCCGAACAUUUUGAUUUAUUCAUGAAACUGAAAACAUGUGGACAAAACACAAGAACCUCAAUCCUGCAAAUUCCGACUAUUUUGAAUCAUCCUUGUGCCUGGAUUGACUAUAAAUUGAAUAAGUUUAUAUAAUUAUUUCGAUAUAAAAUUUUGUAUUUAAACAAACAUUCGGAAUGUGCACUUACAGUUGCAUUAUUUUAUAAACAGAGCGUUUAAAAUCUCGGAGGAAUUGCUCAGCCAGCAAUUAAGAGAUUCUCCAGGGUGAUUUUGUCGACAAUUUGAUUUCUUCUAUAAAUUACGAAUUAUUA